AUGUGGAUUCUGGGCCAGGAUCUUCCCCACAGUCGGCGCUUGUUCGACCCCCAUUUGGCAAUCUAUGGCGGCCGCGUGAUCCUAGACUUUCCCGGAAGCGUGUUUUCUCCCACCUGCCGUGCCUCGGAACCGCAUUGCACAGGCUCGUCUUAUCGACCUCAUGUUUAUUUUUCCCCCUUUGCGUUUUGCCAAUCGAGCAAAACCAAGCGCCAAACAGUAGGCUUCACGCAAUCGCAAAGCCGAAAGGGCUUAGCAUGGGGCAAUGGAGGAGCCUCAGCCGAGCUCCCCUUGCGCUCCGGCAGCGAUGACCAAGCCCAGAAAGAGGAGAGUAAAGACGGGUUGCCGCUUGUGCCGCGUUCGGCGAAGGAAAUUUCGGUACCAGCGUGCGACGAGGCCAAGCCGCGCUGCAGUCGCUGUGCGGAUCGUGGUCUUGAGUGCGUGUAUCCGACUGGCUUGACGUUCCUCGACAAGAACAUCGUCACCGCUGCGCCGCUCAGCCCCAGGGCCUCCUCCGCUCCCAGAUACUCCCGUCUGCAGUUUGUCGAUGCCACAUCAUCGCAUCAUAUCGCGAGCAAGUCUAGCUCUGCAAGUCAACAGGUAGCAGACGAUGUCAGCCAGCUACAACCCCACAAGAAUGCGACGGUGGACGAGGGAAGAAAGAUCAUCACCAUGGAAUCGCUUAUCAACACGACCGAUGUCUCGCCAGGGGCGGAAGUGGAGAUGGGCAUGACUUUUGGGAUACCAGAUCACUACUCGGAACCUCCUGUCAGAGAGUCCCCCAGAGACGUUGCUGAGAUCACAAGCCUCGACACCCCGGAUAAACCUCCAAGUGAGCGAUUCAACACUGCCCUCCAGGCCCUGCUCUCCCUCAACAACGAUCCGCUCGGGCCCUUCGCCACCAGUCCUUCCGUCACAAGCGGACAGUUCAACAGCAACGCAUUCACGGUUGACUACACACCCUCUGACACAGUUGCAACUUUAUACGACGGAGCAGUCCAACAGGCAACUCAAAAAGCGCUGCCAACCACGGAAGAUGUUCCAGGCGAGGACGCACUUAGACUUAUACGGCACUACAGAUAUGAUGUUGCACCCUGGCUGGACAUUUGCGAUCUACGACAGUUCUUCGGCACAGUGGUCCCAAGAAUGGCUUGGAAAUGUGCUGCGAUCCGACGAGAACUUCUGGCCAUAUCAUAUACGUCUCUCAAUGCGCUAUCACAUAACCAUGAUUCAGAUAUUCCCGAGUCGUUGUUGGGAGCUUUACGAGAGGAAGUCGCCUCUGGAAACUGCGUGGCCGCACUGUUGAUGACCCUGCGUGGCUUCAUGUCUAGUCCGCCAUCAGUCUGGCAUACCUUGUUAGACUCAACAGGCAUUGGCUCAUUGGCCGCUUACUAUUCUUCACAGAAGAAUGGACAGUACUUGUAUUGUCUUCACUUGAGAUUAGACCUGACUAUUGCUCUGGUGUCUGGCACUACCCUGCCCCUUGAGCAUAUUUCUGAGGUACAAGGUAUGCUACAAUGGGACUCUCCACAUGUAGCAGAUACCGUCUUCCAGUAUGUGAACAGGGUGCUCGUCCUCUGCGCCCAGGCUGUCAACAUCUGCGCGGAGGAUCCUGUGUAUCCUCAAGGUCACGGGACGGGCUUUACACUGGCUCAGCAGUGGAGGAUGAUCGCUGAAGAUCUCAAUACUUGGUACACCAAUCGGCCGCACCAAUACCAGCCAAUGGUCGAGCUCGAUCUCGGGUCAAAUAACGCGGAGCCGUUGUUCCCGACGGUGCUAUUCACCAACGGAGCGGCUAUACUCGGGAACCAACUGUACCACACGGCGAUGAUGCUCAUGCUGCAACACAAGCCCCGAACACUUGUGCUCGAUGCCCGCAGAUCGCCAGCCUGGUCCCCUCUGUGGCACGCACAGCGUGUCUGCGGCAUUUCUCUCAGCAACGAGCGCCGCGAGUACUGGGAUCUGACCCUGGUCGCGAGCCUCUACGUUGCCGCCAAGGGCAUGACGUAUGAGCCCCAGCAACGAGAGAUUCUGCGUUGCUUCGACGCCGUGUCGCGUGUCGUCGGCUGGAAUAUCGGGCAGUUCAAGUGGAUGCUGGCACAGACCUGGGACAUGCCAGAUGGUGGAGGAUGA